UGGAGCAGAUCGCCAUGAAUGUCUCCGUCCGGUGGACCUUUCUCCUCUGAGGGAUCCCGCAGAAUUAUGCUUUGAGAGAGGUGAACGUACCACAGAGGUAUUUGGGGAAAUAUUUUUGUGUGAAGCCGGAUUACGUGUCAUUAACCUGUUUGUUGGAGUAUUUUUUCCUCCUGGCUUUUGGAUCUGCACUCCGACGCACGAUGGCUUUUGCCAUGUUGAGGCCGAUGGCAUCUCACCUCGGCUACCCUGACCUCGCCAUGAUGUCUGAGGACGAAGAGAACCGCAGCGAGAGCGACGGCAGCUCGGACCAGAGCUACGGCUGCUAUGCUUCGGCGGACAAACGGCGGAGGAUGUCUCGGAAGUCCGGCAUCGGUAGCGUGCUCAUAGUCAAGCAACGGAACGCGGCUAACGCCAGGGAACGGGACAGGACGCAGAGCGUGAACUCCGCCUUCACGGCCCUGAGGACUCUCAUCCCCACGGAACCCAUCGACAGAAAGCUGUCUAAAAUCGAGACUCUGCGACUGGCGUCCAGCUACAUCUCGCACCUGGCCAACGUGCUGCUGCUGGGCGACGGCAGCGAGGAGGGUCAGCCGUGCCUGAGCUCGGUGUACGGCGCGCGAGAUGGAGAGAUGGACGGGAAACAGCCGCGGACCAUCUGCACGUUCUGCCUGAGUAACCAGAGGAAAGGGAUGCGGGACGGUAAGGACUGUCUUCGGAUGCGUGGAGUAAGUUCCGUGCGCAUGAGCCGCCGGUAGGCCGUGAGAUGCAGCGAACACAAAACGAAUCCCCAGCUGGUAAUGCCGUUAACGCCGGGACGAAGCUCAGGGAGUGCGCGAGCCGCACGAGGACUCGGUUGAGACAGACGCGGGAAGUCCGACAGUGAAGUCAGACGGUGACUUCAGUUUGUGAACUUUUGUGUGUCCAGAUCCUUUCAAGCCUGUGGAAAGAAACGGGAUGCUCUCCAUAUUUUUUGGCCAAAAAUCCUUUGAUAUGCAGAGCAUAAAGAUUUUUUUAUAAGAGAAUUUAUGAUUUGUUUUCUACAAUGUUUUUACGCUGUGAUGUUUUUACAAUGUGAUUGAAUAAAAUGUAUUUUAUCAUA